AUUUACGAUAUAAUUAGUAAUCUGGCGUUACAUGAAAAUGUCCAAAAUACCAUUCAAGAAUGAUGGAAGUUUUAUGGAAUUAUUCAAGCAAAUGCAAGCUGAACAAGAAAGAGUAUCUAUUGAGAAGCCUGUUAUUCCGAAUGUAGUAAAGGUAGAAAAUACGGAUGAAUUUGACAGCAAGCAGUGCAAAACGGAGAGUGAAACAGUUAUUCCCGAUGAUUCAAAGGUUUUGGUGGCAAUCGAAUCGUUGGUCCUACGCGUUUCUGGUAUGUCGCACAGUCUUUGCGAAGCAGAAAUCAGGAAGUUUGAGGAUAGCAUACAGUAUUGGUUCCUGACGCUUCCAGAGACUAAUGAGUACAAGUUCUUUAGAAAAAGAUUGGCUGAUGUUCGUAAGCAAAAGACACUCAGUAGUUCAGUCAAACCUGAAGCUGUAGAUAAUUGCAAAUCAGAAAUUGAUGAAUUUAUCCCCACCAAAAGACGUCGCUCCAGAUGGGACGAAGAAACCAAUGAACCUAAAAUAAAUGGAUCAGUAAAAGAUUUCCCGGAUGGCUCUUUGGCUUCUGCGAUUGCACUAGCAAAAGCUGCUGCAGCUGCUGCAAAAACUCAAGGAACUACUUCUAAUCCAAAUCAGUUCACAGGCGGUGUUGUACUUACACCUGAGCAAGCUGAACAAAUACGUUAUCAAAAGGAACUUCAAGCUAUGCAAGAGUUUAUUUUAGCACAAAAACGAUCAAAGUCUAAAGAGGAAGAACUUAUGAAUCGAAUUGAGGGUGUAAAUUAUGGAAAUAAAACAAGAAUUACGAAGGAUGGUUUAGUUAUCAAAUAUGAGUAUGAUUCCGACGAGGACUGUGAAAAUGGAACAUGGGAGCAUAAAUUAAGACAAGCGGAAAUGGAGGCAACCCGAGAAUGGGCUCAGAAAUUAACUGAAAUGGGUCAUGGAAAACAUCAUAUUGGGGACUUUCUACCACCGGACGAAUUAGAGCGUUUCAUGGAAACUUUCCGUUUAUUGCACAUGUCACCACGGGGAAUCAACCGUCAUAAAGGCACGAACAGCUCGACUGUUGAUGACGUAUUUGUACAACAGGAGAAAUUCAACAAUCGUUGGAACCGUUUCUCUUUUGAUAAAAUCGAAUACUUUGGGUGUUCACCUUCAUGGCCAUCGGAACAGCUGUUAAAGAAUCCUAUUUUUCUUUUCUGUUUUUACACAUCCUGUAUAUGUCGAUGCCUAAUAGACUUUAAUAGUUAAUAUAACGACAUAAUACGAACAUUUUCUGUUUACCAUGCUAUAAUAAUGGUAUAAAACUGAUGACCCAGAUUGUACCACGACUAAACCUCGAUAUUCGAUCGAUACGCUAUGUACAAAUGAGAUCAUAAUCGGGUAUACACUUAACGACAUAAAAUAGAGCACCAUUGUGCAGGCUAGACAACGCUUUAUUCAACACAAUUACAAGCAGUUUAUAAUCCAGAGUAGAAAUCAUUAAUAGGAAGAAAAGCAAGGAAAUAACAGUAGCUCCUUUCAAUGAAUUUACAUAAGACGCAAAUCUUGAAUCGUCAGCUUCCGUUUUGAGGGCUGGUAAAUUCAGUGGUUUUUUUGAUAGGUUUAACUGAAAAAAUUCUGCCUCAUAUUGCAAAAAUUCCUGUGGGUUCAUUCGCUUUUCAAAAUAAUGAAAAGCUAAGUCAACAACACUAAAUGCUAAUAUUCCUGGAACGAAACGUGAUCUAGGUUAGUCCAAUUCUGUUUCAAUUACUCUUCAAAUCUAUUAAUUAUUAUUGUACACAACAGAGUUCGAUUCACGAAUAUGUUUCUGUCAUACUCUGUGGUUGUAUGAGUUUGUUAGUGAUGUAUGCGCAUCCUACAUCCGAGUGAGUAAACCAAAGGUAAAUCGAGAAAGUUUAUUGGCUAACCUAAAUCAAAACAUAUGCGCAACUCAUUCAUAAAUAUAUAUCUAUCUCCCUCAGGAAAUAAAAGCAGAUUUUCAGUCAACAACUUAUGUCUUUUCCUCCGAAAGUUAAGACUGUGCUCGUUCACAUCUCUCACAGCUUGUCCUGUAGACAGAACAAGCUGUGAGCCAUAUGUGGAGAAAUUCGAACACUUCACUUCGUACAGAUGAUGUCGUUCAGAUUAACGAUGAAAGCUCCACGACCAAACCAUCCAGUUCAGAGAAAAAAAACCCAUCAGAAUCAUCCACUUGAGCUACAAAUCUCUCCACCAUCUCUCACUUAUGUUUGAUUGGCUCAGCAUAUCAUUCUCCAGCAUGAAAGCCAUGUAUGAAAUCCUGUUACGAUCCAAGCACGAGUCUCUCACUUCACGGCGAGAGAAUAUUGCUCUCUCAGACUGCUUGACCGCUAACAUUAACACAUUCAAUAUUGAUAAGCUUCAAAACUAAAAAUCUCUGGGGAUAAGUAUGUUUUUGAAUCUGCACGUACAGUGUUUAAUGAAUUUCGAGUGUCGUAUUGAAUAAAUAAAUGUUGACUGGAUAGUUCUCAAUGCACUAUGUUCCUGUUAGUCUUCUUUCCAGUUUUUUUCGCUUACCGUUGACAUUGCUUAUUUUUGUGUUGAAUAUGAGGUAGUUUUUAGAAUUUAUUUAAUUCGCAAUUAGGCAUUGAAAGAAGGUCGGGAACCGGAUUUUUCUGAAUACAAACAGUUCAAGUUAACUUGUGAAAAUGUCGGUUUUCAAAUGUUAGAAAAAAUGGGUUGGAAAGAAGGUGAAGGACUUGGCAUUGAUGGUCAAGGUAUUGUUAAUCCAGUCAAUAAGGGGAAUGUCCACGUUGAUGGUGUAGGACUAGGAAUUGAUCGUCCUUCCAAAUUAAUAAAAGAAGAUGAUGAGUACGAUGCAUACAGGAAACGUAUGAUGUUAGCUUAUCGGUUUCGACCAAAUCCUUUGAACAAUCCUCGACGAGACUACUAUUAAUAGUGGUAAAGCAAUGUUAAUCAUAUUUGUUUCACAACAAAAUAGUUGAGAUGAAACUUGAUCAGUCUGUGAUUUGGAACCAUUUCUUAUAUUAUAAUUAUGGUUAUUAUCAUUAUAUACAUAAAGGUUUCUAAUGAUUAUCUGUCAGUGUGCAGAUUUGUAUAAUUUUAUGGAACUGUGUAUUUAAACCGUUGAUUUUCUUUUACAUGUGUAUAUGUAAUGUCAACUGCCAUAUAAAAUAUAUAAAUACUUUUUUGUGUACAA